CUCUAUUCCACCUUAGGUUCUUUAGAAUAGGAGCUGGUGGUUUUGUUUCAAUGUAAGCAUUCUAAGUUUGGUUGCUAAGAUGUGAUUAUUUCUCAACAAUUGGGUCGUAUUCCCAGGAGACACUUCCUCUGUGUCAUCUUAACUGCUUCCUCUUAGUGCUGUUGUCUAUCUGGUGUGGGCGAGAAGAACAGAAACAGGGACUGGAGCAGGGUCAGGCCCAGAGAGGAGUUCCUUUCUAGUUGCUUUUUGGGUUGUCUGAUCUAAUGUCCAGGACUGAGUCUUAAAAUGACGACAAAGAGCACUUCUCCUAUAGAGAUACGGGGAUGCUGUGGAUUCAGAGAUGUUUAUAGUUAUGAUAGGUUCCUCAGAGAUUACUGACAGGAACUGGGAAUGGGAUAUCUCAAGAAAGAACAUUGAAGACAUUAUGGAGGCACUCCAAUUUUCUGAUCAGUUGUCAACAGAUAAUGUCUUACAAGCUCUCAAGUUGCUGAAAGUUAAAAUCCUAAGCAACAAGAUGGCAACUCCACUAUGCCAGAAGGUGACAGAUAUCAUCGUUGACUACCUGAGGACAGUGAAGCCAGAGGGAGAACUAGAGGAGUUGUGUACUGCGGUCCUAAUGGCUCUGGGGUUCCAGUCUCCAGGAAUAGUCAUCUUCAAGCUGUGGGACAGAUGGCACAACAACCUGCCCCCAAAUUGCCUCCUGGUUGCAGUGGGGAGACUCAUCCACUGCCAGGGUGCAGCUUCCUACAUAGGUGUCACAUGGGAAUAUACCCUGCGCCUUCUGAGGAUGGCCCAAACAGAGGAAGACAUGUUGGCAAUAUGUCAUGUGCUCAAAGGAUUGGCCAUCAGUGCCCGGAAGCAUCUGGAUCUGGGCACUUCAGAUGAUGAAAUAAUGGACAUCACACAAGAGGCAGUGUCCUUCAAGGCUUAUCUCACUCUUAGGCUGCUCUUCAAUCGUUGGUCCCUGAAGAGCAACAGCAAGGUGACAGAGCAAGCUCUGGUGAUAAUUGGCCAUCUCUUCUUCCUCAUGCCACCAUCCAAACUCAAGAACCAAGUGAACCGGUUAACCCGAUGGUUAAUGACUUUGAUAUCUGCAAAAGUGACACCUUUCUACAUUUCCCAGUGUAUCUGCCAACUUAUGGAUGCUCUGGCUCUUAGUGGCUGUGGAGGAAUAAACUUGGAAUCCCAGCUGGAAAAUAUUAUAGGCAUACUGUUCAAUCAGCUGAAUGAAACAGUUGAGGUCUCAGAUCCUCACUCUGCACGGAACCACAGCCUUGCCCUGAAGGCUUUCUACAUCCUGACCAAGUUAUACAAUGAUCAGGUGGUAUUCUUGAUACGAAAGAACAUGCAAACCAGUGAUCCAGCCAAGAUAGUAUCAGCCCUUCAAGUUUUCAUGGAUGUGUUCCAGGAAGUGCCCCAGACACAGCAACUAAAGAAUGAAGUGAUGCAUUCAGUCAUAAUCAUGAUUCAGGAGGAUCUCAAACCAGUGCGGAAGGCCCUCCUGAACUUCAUUGAGAUGCUGAGCCAGCAUGGCUACUUGGCCAUGCCUCAGGGGAACGUCAUCAUCAACUAUGUCAUCAAGCUCAGCGAGUCUGACUGCUCAAAUGAAGAGGACAUCCAGCUAAUGUGUUCCAAAAUCCUACAGAUGGUGUCCUUGCCCAAACUGAUUACCUUGGCGUGCCAGCCCAGCAACACCUUGGCCUUCGUGUCGCUGAGUAGGACGGCCACAAACAUGGCUCUGAAGGCCCGGUCCCUGGGCCAGGCCCCCUACCUUAGCAGCUUUCACCUCAGCCCUACCCAGUUCGUCUCCCCACAGAAACUCCUGACCCAUCUUGUGACGUUUUCCCUGAAGCCCUAUAGAGAAGGGGAGUUUGGUGUAAGCUCUCUAAGGCUACUACAUGCCCUGCAUCCUAUCACCUCCUUGCACCCUGUUAUCAACUCAAAUGUGGGCCAGCUGUGGAUGAAGGAGAUCCCCCAGAUGUUGCAGAUACUGGAUGAUCACACUGAGAAGAACCUGAAUCAGGAGGAGUGGGAGGACAGGCUGCUCCAGUUUUCAGGUCAGUCUUUAGUGGCCAUCAAUGAUGACAGCUGGCUGGAGCAACUCAUCAAGGUUGUCUUGGAGAGGAUAAAUUAUUUCAGCGAUGGUGAGGAGAAGACUUUUCUAUAUAAAUUCUUUGGAUUUACACUGCGGACCUCAAGGAAUAUGAAACUGGUGAAGAUGAUGCUCUCAUCCAUCUUACAAAGUGUCCACGAAGACCUGCAGGAGAGGCAGGGCAUUGCUGUGGCACUCAGUAUCGUGUCCAUGAAACAUCUGAAGAUAGUCCUGGACCAGCUGCAAGUGUAUAGUGCUAUCCUCACUGACAAGGGCUCAUCAUUCAUCCUCAAACUAAUGAAGGAACAUCAGCAAAGGGAAUGGGGGCUGGUUUGUAACAUCAUCUACUUAAGCUAUAGCAAGAUUAUUUUAGAGAGCAAGGGAGACAUCUUCACACAUUUAGAUGACAUCCUGGCCAUGGUCCUGCAACACUACCGCAACUGCAUUGUAGAAAAGGAUAAGAACCUGAAGCUGGAGUACCUGGACGCCCUGACCAAGCUAACAAACAUCCUGAGCAGCCACCCAAUGGCCUUUCAAUUCAAGUUCCCUCAGAAACUAGAAAUUGUAACCUUCAUGGUGGAGUUAAUCAGGGAGGAGCCAUUGAAUUCCAUCUCCAGCUCCAUUAGGCUGAGGGCAAUGAACGUCAUCACUGACUUCAGGAAGCUCCGUCCCCUCAUAGAGGUGGAAGAAAGAACAGAGCUGCUCCGAACAUGCUAUAAGAGUGUGCUCUGCCUGCCACCUAUAGAAGUUUUGCAGAAGGAGGCAUCCAGUUCCCAGGAGGCCCACACCACUGUGGAUUUGUUCAGGGAGACUCUGCAAUCCCUUCUAAGGCUAAUGGAGACACUUAUUGUUGAGAUGCCCUCUCGGAUCCAGCACUGCUUAGAGCUUCUGGACACAUGGCUGAAUUCCCAGAAGGACAAUGAGAGGGAACGGGCCAUGUGGUGUGCUGCCCGUAUUCUUGGCUUCACUGCAAAAAUGAACAACUUUGGAGCAUUUGCAGAGUACUUCACCCAGAUGCAGCUCACCACCCUGGUGCUGACAGCCAUGGAGGGCCUGACCGACAGCAGAGCCAAGGUGUCUCUGGCAGCAGCCCAGCUGAUGAGUGCUGUCAUGAAAGAGCGGGGCCGAGACAUGAUAAAGAUUGAGGAAAUUGUGGAGGGGAUUCUGGAACGGCUCAACUCACAGCUGGAGCCCAACACGAAGGAGGAGACCCUGCGGGCCAUGUGCUUGUUGGCUGGCAACAACACCCACCACGUCGUGCCCUUGCUUCUCAACAAGCCCCUGCCUUGGGAUAGAACCAAUCUGGCGCUGUGGAAGGCAUUUGGCACCAAGCGAGAGACCACAAUCAGCGUCCUGCAGCUGCUCAUAGGCAUCCUGGAAAAACUCCACUCCAAAGAGGAAACUAAAGAGAUGGCCUUCCAGCCUGUGGCGGUGACAUGUGCUCUAUGUGAGAUGCUGUCAGGGUCCCUGUGCCAGGAGGCCGUCCAGGAGCUCUACCCCCGGCUCUUGCUGGCUAUACUAUGUCAUCUCUGCUGGGUGAUUGAGCAAAAUGUCCCCCAGAAGAUGGUGGUCUAUAGAAAGGAGGGGGGCCCAGGCAGCAAGAGCAAGCCCUUUGACCCCACUAGUUGUGCCCUGGAGGUAGUGAAGUUGGUAUUCUUGGCUGCUGCAUAUGAUGGAGUGGUGUUCUAUGCAAAUCAGCAUCACUGCUGGGACCUUCUGUCCUGCCCCAAGUUUUACUACAUAGGGAUCAUGGACCUGACAAGUGGCAUUGUGAAGAACUGUGAACCUGCCAUCCUACACCGAAUCCUCAACCUCGUCAGGAACCUCCUUUAUAGCUCCAACUAUCAUCGGAAGAUCCUGGCCAGGACCUUCUAUGCACAGCUCCUCUGGCACCGAUCAGUGGCUGAGACUCUGGGGCAAGACUUUUUGGGCAAUCUUAUCAAGUGGGUCAAAGAGCCCAACCUCAUUAUGAAGGAAGUUGGGCUUCGUGGAAUCAGUAACCUGGCACUGCACCCAGGACAAUCAGAAUCUCUGAAGGGCCAGGUUCCAUUCUUGCGAGACUUGCUGAAGAAUGAAGCGCGAGUGACAGUGCAGGCAGUAAAAAGCCUACGGAACAUCAUCUGUCAUGGGAACGGAGAGGACACCAAGGAGAGGGACCAGGUGAAGAUUUCGGCCACCUCUGCCCUGGGCUACAUGUUGCGUCAAGUUGACAAAUUCAAGCCUGGAUUCUCCACCCGAAGAGAGAUCUACACUUUUCUAGUCCCACUGCUGCUUAGCAUUCAGGAUAACAACACCGAGGUAGUCAAGGCCUGCGGUGGGGCCCUGACUGAGUGGACCAAUGUGAUUGGCUGGUCAUCACUCACACAGACAUUCCGGCAUACCACCCUCAGCGAUCACAUCCAGGUAUUGGAAGAAACGUGCAAGUACCUGGUGAGCACAAGCAAAACACAGCUGGUGGGGGACUUACUGUGCCAGAGCUUUGGUUUCCUGAAGAGCCCUCAGUCCUUCCUAAGGGCAGCCGCCAUCAACUUCAUAGGAUUAACAGCUAAGAAGCUAAGCAUGAGUCAAAUACAUGAGGAUGAUGUGGAGCUGUUACAGAAUGCUAUUGGAAGUCUGAGGAAUGAUCCCGUGGAGUCUAUCCAGUCUUUGGUCAAUACUACUCUGAAAAAAAUUGAUGAAUAUGUUCACCCCGGGUCUGUCUCUACUUCCAGGAUGAGCCAGUUGAGCAAUAACAUUUUCAAAGUCACUGGCAUGAAAACCCCCAAAAGAAAGAAGCGACUAUUUAAGAGUAUCAAACGGGAAAGAGAUGAUGGUGACAAUCAGAAAAAGAAAAUCUGGAAGUGGCUUCCAAGACCUCUAAAUUCAUUGCGAAACCGGUACAAUAGGAGGGUGAAAAAUAUUCCACUCAUAAUAGGCCAUUCAGACAAAUCGUCAAUGCUAUCACAGGUCCCGACAUUUGAAAGUCCACCUGCAGAAGCUGGGCCUACCGCCAAAUAAGUUGCUCCUAAUUGCUCUGGGACUCCAGCCUUUUUCAUUUGCUUGUCUAGAUGUCAGUAUUUUGCUUCCCAGUAGCUCUCCUACCAUAGUGCAACUGGAUGGGCUACUUUGGAUUAAACCCAAGGAGGCAGUUUUGAUGUAGACGACACAGUAUGUUUCUGGUCCU